GUUAAGAAUUAAGUUCCUAGAAUUUGCUAGAGGGAGAAAACAAACGAGCAAGCAAGCAAGCAAUACUGGAGAGAGAAACAGUGGACAAAGAAGCAAAGAAAGAAACAAAGGGGGCUAAGCUCUCUGUUGGAGGCUUUUCUUUAUUUAUUUUAUAGAAUUCUGAUGCAGUAUUAGUCUACGUCUCUCUCUUUUUCUCUUUCUGUUUGUGAUAAAAAGUUCAUUGAAUCUUAGCUCCUAAGCUUCUUUACUUUUGAAAAGUUCUUCAAGCGCUUCUCUCAUUCUUAUUGGCCGCCAAAUUUGCUUCCAUUUCACCUCCUCCUAGGAUUAUUGACUGUACGUUCAUGGUUUUUUCUUUUUCUGAAAAUUUUUUAUUGGGUGGUUUCAUUUUUCAGAUUGGGUGAGUUUAUGAUUGAUGUUGCGGAGGAAGAGACAGUUGAGAUAGAGAUCAACGGGAAUGGAAAGAUCUGGUAGGAAGUACUUGAAUUUGGAGAUCUAUCUUAAGGUCUUUCUUGGGUUUGUUUUGAUCUGCGCAGCGACUAUUUCUCUUGGAGUUACUAAUCCCAGUGAUGUUGCUGCAAUUAAUAGCUUAUACUCUUCUCUGGGAAAUCCUGUACUGCCCGGGUGGGUUGCUUCAGGGGGAGACCCUUGUGGCGAAGGGUGGCAAGGUGUUGGAUGUGAGGUUUCAGGCAUAACUUCCAUAGUUCUCAAUGGAGCUAAUUUGGGAGGAGAACUUGGUAAUGACUUGGGCAUGUUUACUUCUAUCAGAUCAAUAGAUUUAAGCAAUAACCGCAUUGGGGGGAGCAUUCCAUCCAAUCUACCUGUUACUAUGCAAAACUUUUUUCUCUCAGCAAAUAAUUUCACUGGAAGCAUCCCGGAUUCAAUAUCCUCUCUGACUUUACUGACAGCCAUGUCUCUGAACAACAAUUUCUUAAGUGGAGAGAUACCAGAUUCCUUCCAGUCCCUUGCGGGGUUGAUCAAUCUAGACUUAUCUAGUAACAAUUUGAGUGGGCAAUUGCCUGCUUCUUUUCAAAAUUUGAUUCAUCUUACAACCUUACGUUUGCAGGAAAAUCGGCUGUCUGGGACCCUUGAUGUUCUACAAGAUCUUCCCUUGAAAGAUUUGAACAUAGAGAAUAACUUGUUCUCAGGACCCAUACCUGAGAAGAUGCUGACUAUCCCAAAUCUCAGAACAGACGGGAACCCAUUCAAUGAUACAUCUGUCCCAUUACCUUCACCAACAUCCCCACUGACACCACCACCAGCACCAGGGCUUUCUGGAGCUCCAACUUCACCCUCAUCUGGGAAAACACCUGGCAAACAGGUUGAUGGGCCAUCUUCAUCUGAGGAAUCUAGUUCUGGAGGAAAAAAAUCUACCAAAAAAAUAGUUUGGAUAUCAAUUGCUGGUGUAUUGUCGUUUGUAAUUUUGGCAUUAGGACUAGUGCUUUUUAUGCCAAAAUGUAGCAGAAGAAGGGAGCAGGCCAGCAGAAUUUUCGAGCGGCAUCAAGUUGAUGCGUAUAAAGGCAACCGAGAGAAUCCAAGGGAUCAUGAGUCCUUGGUCCAACCAGCUAAGGAAACAGAAAAAGUUCCAAAGGAGGCUAAGGUACGGCCAAAGGAGGAUCAUCCAAAGCCACAAACUGUGCAGGAGAGAACUAUGCCCAGAAUACCAAAGCGGGAUGAUUAUGAAAUAGAUAUGAGCAGAGUAGAUUCGUUUGUCAUGCCCCCUCCCCCUCCACCUCUACCACCACCAUUGCCUCCUCCUCCUCCUCCUCCUCCACCCCCUUCAUCACCUCCUCUACCUUCAGCGGAGGUCAUCGUUACACCAAUUGUGCCUGCAGAGGCGAGUACAGCAAAGCCUCCCACUAAAGCUCAGAAACCCUUCGCUUCUGCCAGGUCUUUCACCAUUGCAUCCCUUCAGCAAUACACAAACAGCUUUUCUCAAGAAAAUCUUAUAGGUGGAGGUAUGCUGGGAAAUGUUUAUAGGGCGGAGCUUCCUAAAGGAAAGCUUCUUGCAGUUAAGAAACUGGACAAGAAGGCUUCAAGCCAGCAGAACGAUGAUGAGUUCAUUGAACUGGUUAACAAUGUUGAUCGGAUCCGAAAUGCUAAUGUUGUUGAGCUCAUGGGUUUCUGUGCGGAGCAUGGUCAAAGGCUUCUGAUUUAUGAGUAUUGCAGUAAUGGAACACUACAGGAUGCACUACAUUCAGAUGAUGAAUCGAAGAAGCAGCUUUCCUGGAAUGCCCGUGUCAGGAUGGCGCUUGGAGCUGCCAGAGCUUUAGAGUAUUUGCAUGAGAUCUGUCAGCCACCUGUUGUACACAGAAAUUUCAAGUCUGCAAACAUUCUCCUAGAUGAUGAUCUUGCUGUUCGUGUCUCAGAUUGUGGUUUGGCUCCACUAAUAUCAUCAAAUGAUGUUAGUCAGUUGUCAGGGCAACUGCUAACAGCUUAUGGUUAUGGGGCUCCAGAAUUUGAGUCAGGAAUUUAUACUGCACAGAGUGAUGUUUAUAGCUUUGGGGUGGUUAUGUUAGAACUCUUAACAGGCCGAAAGUCCCUUGACAGGACACGAAAUCGAGGCGAACAAUUUCUGGUGAGGUGGGCAAUACCCCAGCUUCAUGACAUUGAUGCAUUGUCCAGGAUGGUUGAUCCUUCUCUUAAUGGAGAGUACCCUGCCAAAUCAUUAUCAAACUUUGCUGAUAUUAUUUCUCGGUGUGUUCAGGCUCAGCCAGAAUUCAGGCCACCAAUGUCUGAAGUUGUCCAGGAUCUGCUAGACAUGAUUCGGAGAGAGCGCCACAGCAGUGAGUCAAUUGGGGACUGAUAGAAAUUAUAAACUAGACCCUGUCAUCUAAGCACACGAAUGCAAAGAUGCAGAUGUUGAUCUGCUAUAAAUCCAACCCAAGAAGGUGCAUCUACCGUAAACAAAAUGCACUAUGCUAACAUCCUCAACUGUUCACAUCUCAAUUUCUUACCCUUCAAGGAAAUCAGCUAGAAGAUGCUGACACGCAGAAUAGGCUGCAAAAAUGAAGUGGUUGGAACUCUGAACAAAUUUGAUUCGUCUGGUUAAUUUAUUGGUGAUUCGAUUGUUGAUUAAAUUAUGCAAUCUCUUCGUAAACUGCACAAAUCAGCUAACAUGAUUGUUUUGUAUUUGUCAUUGGUUGCUAAUUCUUGAUAAUGAAAUUUUGUUUGUAAUGCAA